AUGAAUCCACCGAAAGAUCUCUCCUUGGGAGCGGCGGAAGAGGAAAGAACCAGUCAAGUCACCCAAAGAAGCCCCGCUACCAGUCCAGAUGAUAUGAAGCGUGCAGCGGUACAGAAGCGCAUUGAGCAGUAUUUCUACCAGCUUGUAGAUGGCUGUGGCAACGAGCAAUGCUCCAAUGAGCACUGUGCCUCUAACAAAAGCUCGAGGCCGCUCAGCCACAAUGAGGCAGCGGCUAAGGCUGUGGCUCUGUGCAAGUCUAAAGCCCAACUCUGCUACCAAGCUGAUGAGAAGAAUGCAAAACAAGCCAAGACCACUCAUCAAGGCAAAAAAGAUGUCAGUGGUGAAGCACCAACGAAUAGUCAGGGGGUGGUUAAUAGACUAACUGACACUGGUGCAUCUACAAGCAACCAAACACCAAAAGCUGACAAGGGUACUAGACUUGUGUCGGCCAGCAAUGAGGCCUCAACUAGCUCCCAGACUACACGGAUGGGUAUGGAUGCCACGUUGAUGGCAACUCCAAUGAAUGACAAAGCAUCAACGAGUAAUGAGACACCCAAGAUUGGCACAGCUCCAGAGUUGAUUGGUGCACCUGUGAAGAAAGGCAAAUCAGAUCAAGCACCCAAACAACCUGACCACUUGUCAGAAAAGAAAAUGCUUACCCUUAUCGACUCAUGCAAGAAGGAAAAUAACUUCUCUCCGUUAGUGCGAUUGAUUGGUGAGGUGUUCUCCAGUUGGAAAGCUCUCAACAAGAGUUUCUUGAAGGCUCCCUUCAAGGUCAAGACCCCUGACCAGGAAGUGAUGGAUCUUGGUAGACAAUUGUCAGAGAAGGAACAAGAGAGGAUGAUAGAUGAUAAAGAGAAGGAUGAAGAUGAAUCAGUAGCUUCUGGAAGCCUACCAACCAGGACUGGAGACCUCAUGGUAGACAUGGAAGCAGUCCAACGUGUCUAUGCAGCUCUUGAAAGUCUGGAUGAAGAGAGAGUGACAAAUGCUAUGCUGAAUGCCAUCAUUUCCUUAUCACAAACCAUCGAAUUGGAUGUUCGUUGGGUGCCGCAGUUUGAAAACAAUCCAAGAUUUCUCAACGUCUUUGUUAUCAUUAUGGAGAAUCCAUCGCUUCAGAGUCCUGAAUACCUAGAAGUCGCUUAUCCAAGUUUCUGCAAAGCCGUCGGCCGUCUUCCCCUGACUGCCCAAGCCACGCUUGCCAGGAUCUGGUCCAGAUUCCCUGCCAACAACCUCAGAAAAAAACUGGAAAGUCUGCAACAGCUCAUCACGUGCAAAGUACUGACUGACCAUUUUGGGCCACAUCAGAGAAACAUACAUGAUGACGAGAACAUCACAGCAGCAACAAAGUGCAUGAAAGUGAUCUUCUAUGCCAGCAUCUUAGGAGGAACUGUACACAAGGCAAGGUCCACCAACACCCAGGAGGAAGAGGAGAUGGAUUUGAGAGAACUCCUUGGAGCUGUAGGGAAUGACAACAAAGAUAAGAAGCUUCCCAAGGAGGACCCUCUUACCAAGGAGCUCUCCACAUCAGUCCUAGACUCUACAGAGCCUCUCAUACCAUUUGAGGAAUUCUACAAUGAGCCUCUUAGUGAUCAGAUCGAAAUCAGCGAUGACUUUGCAAGAUACAAAAAAGAUGGAUUUUCACAGAGUGGACAGUUCUCCUUUCUGAAUUAUCCCUUCAUCCUAACACCUGCAGCCAAGAACAUGGGUCUCUACUAUGAUAACAGAGUGCGCAUGUACAACGAAAGAAGACUGACUGUCUUAAAUAGCCUCGUCCAAGGAGAGCAGUUUAAUCCUUACUUGAAACUGAAGGUCAAACGGAGCACUGUGAUUGACGAUGCGCUCGUUAAUCUUGAAAUCAUUGCCAUGGAGAAUCCUUCAGAUCUUAAGAAGCAGCUGUACGUUGAGUUUGAAGGAGAGCAAGGCGUAGAUGAAGGAGGUGUGUCCAAGGAAUUCUUCCAACUUGUAGUUGAGGACAUCUUCAACCCGGAUAUUGGCAUGUUCACCUACAACGAAGGCACCAAGUUCUACUGGUUCAAUCCGACCUCAUUUGAGAAUGAUCGCCAGUUCACACUGAUCGGUAUUGUACUGGGUCUGGCUAUCUAUAACAACAUCAUCCUGGAUAUACAGUUUCCUAUGGUGGUCUACCGGAAACUCAUGGGAAGGAAGGCAACGUUUGAAGACUUGGAACCAAUCCAACCAGUGUUAUACAACAGCUUCAAGUGCUUGCUAGAGUGUGAAGGCAACGUGGAGGAGAUAUACAUGAUGAACUUUGUCAUCAGUUACAAGGAUGUGUUUGGUAACACCAUCACACAGAACCUGAAAGAAGAUGGGGAGAAUACACCUGUCACCAAGGAAAACAGACAGGAGUUUGUUGAUAGGUACGUGGACUACUCCCUGAACACACUUCCAGAGAAGCAAUUCAGGGCUUUCAAGCGUGGCUUUGACAUGGUGACUGAUGAAUCUCCUCUCAAGAUUUGGUUCCGUCCUGAGGAGGUGGAGCUCCUGGUCUGUGGAAGCAGGCACUUUGACUUUGAUGCACUGGAAGAGGCAACAGAAUAUGAUGGUGGCUACACGAAAGACUCCACCAUCAUCAAGGACUUCUGGGAGAUUGUGCACCGAAUGUUGGCAGACCAGAAGAAGAAACUGUUGAUGUUUACCACUGGAAGUGACCGGGUACCAGUUGGAGGUCUGGCCAAGCUCCGACUCAUCAUUGCUAAGAAUGGACCCGACUCGGACAGGCUGCCCACAUCUCACACAUGCUUCAACGUCCUACUGCUGCCAGAAUACAGCAGCAAGGAAAAGCUGGAGGAGAGACUACUGAAAGCCAUCACUCAUGCCAAGGGCUUUGGUAUGCUGUAAGGUAGCACAGUGCGAGCCUGUAAGGUAACUCCUACACCACCAGGAUCCAACACAAUCCUACAGAAUCUAAUAAGUCCAGAAUGUAAUUACUGUCUUUUUCAAAUGCUCAGAU